GAGACCAUUUGGCGGGACGACCUGCAGUGGGAUGAUGACCACUGGUGCUUUGUGCACCACAGCAGUGGUGCCCCCAAGGAGGCCGGUCUGCUGACUUGCAUCUCCAAGCGUUUAGCCACCCCGGAGGGCAUUAGGCAUAGCUCCAUCAUCGCAGGUAGAUUGCAACACUUGCGGAUCACACCCAAAGCAGGACAUCAACCUAUCGACCUUCUUCAUGCAUAUCAGUUCGCCUGGCAUCACCGCAAACAGGACAGCAAGACCGACUGGUGGCAGGAUGCCAUGCGCCGCAGGGCUCAGUUCUUGCAGAAGCUGUGUGGCUCUCUUAGGUCGCUCCCACGUCGCAACCUUUUGUGCCUCACAGGUGACCUGAACACCCAGCUCGCAUCAUGCAAAGGAGUAGUUGGUCUUGGCAUCCCUGGUACCCCUCCCCCGCAACAAGACGGUCAGGAGCUGCUUCACACGUUGUGCACAUUUGGGCUGGUGGCGACCAACACCUUUGGUCAGGCACCGGGCGCAACAUUUGUCAAUCCAGCCACAAAUGCCCAAACACUGAUAGAUUACAUUAUUCUACGUGGGGCACAUGCUGACGGCACCAGCCUAGCCAGCGGACCGGUGCAGGAUUGGCCGGUGGCCAUGGGCCGACUGGGCUCUCGACACAUACCGGUCCGAGGCUCUUUUCCUUUCACGUGGUGUCCCUGGGUGCACUCUCGUCCCAAGCAUCUGACUUUGAAGCCUAGGUCCGUUUGGGAAGCAGUUCGAAACAAUCCCGAACGACAACAAGCCUUUCGUGACAAGCUGAGGGCCACCCUACCCCAUAGACCCACCAUUGCUGACAUUGAUCGAUGCUUGACUCAGGCCUGGACUCAUAGCCAACCGGCGGGAGCACGGAGCACCCUUGCGCCAGCCGAGACGGCUGCUACUGUGCCGGCCGAAGCCACAGCCGUACGCACUCUCUGGCAAUUGCGCAACGAACGAGAUGCGCUGACCCACAGGCCACCUGCCUACUGCCUGCGUGCAGCCUUCACGGCAUGGAGGCUUGAUCAUCAGAUCCGCACACUUGAGCGCACGGUCGUUGCUGAGCGCCGCGCUCGCAAGAAGGCCUUUCUUCUCGAGCAAACCGCUCUGGCGGAGCGGGCGUCACAGCAGGGCCAGCUAUCUGCAUUGUAUCGUGUGGUGAACCGCCUUGCUCCUCGCAAGGUCAAGGCGCGGUUGCAAAUCCGCGAUCCCGAGGGAAACCUUCAGGAUCCCCAGGCGGAAUGCAACACACUGCUGCAAUACUUCAGGGAUCUUUUCGCUUCUUCGAGGGCUUGCCCGACACAGGUCUUUGAUUGCAGUGUUCAACUCUUCGACGCAGGCAUGUGCACAUCGGCCCUUGCGUCUCUGUCAGCUUUGAAGGCCGCGCAUCCUUCGGCUUCGCCUGGAGUUCUAUGGAAGCUUGCUGCACAAGAGGUGGGCCCUGCGCUUAGCUAUGUGUACCGCCAGCUACUUGCAACUCUGGGGCCCCAAGCAUCAGAAAUACUCACCAUUUAUGCUGACGACCUGAUAGCACAGUGGAUGAUUCGCACAUCCUCGGACCUUACCGACUGCCUUGCUCAAUUGCACAAGCUGGUUAAAAUUUUACGUUUUCAUGGCAUGGAGGUCAGUGACACCAAGAGUGUGAUUCUCUACCAGUUGCAUGGCACACAGGCUGAGCGAACCAUGGGCAAACUUCGGUUCAAAGACAAAGGUGUCUCCAAACUGCGGGUGGCACCCGACUGCGCUUUUCCGAUUGUUAGGAAGCACCCAUAUCUCGGCAUCAUCCUCAGCUACGGAGCCCUGGAAUCUCACAGCAUUACCCACCGAUACAAUCGGGCGGGGCAGCUUUUCUCCAGGCUUCGACAAGUGCUCAGCGCCAGACACCAUCUCAGUCGCCACACCAGGCGGCGGUUGUGGCUGUCGACGGUCUGGCCAUGCCUGAAAUACGGGAUCACAGCACUGCAGCUUGAAGCUAAAGACAUGGUCAGGAUCCGGGGCAUCGUUGCCCGACACCUUCGCAUUGUCAGUGGACAGCUGUCCAAGGACACACAUGUGACCACGGAUGCCUUCCUCACCGAGUUGGGCUUUGACCCAAUUGCGCUCCUCUCGAAGGAAGCCACCGCCAAUCAGACCCGGUUCAAGGCCCUCGACCGGUCGCUUCAGCUCGAUAGGGUUGCACAGUGGCAUGUCAUCCUUCAGGCCGCUUUCGCACAGCCGCCCGUCGCUGCGCCACAGGCUGCUGCACCGACGCCAGCACCUGCCCCGGAUUCAGGUGCCACUCAGGCUGCUACGACACUUCAAGAGGUCUGCUUCAGCGCCAUCGGGUACGUGCACAUGGUGCUCAGGUUCAACGUCCAUGUCAGUUCUGUGCACAAGCCUACCGAUGUGCUCCAUGUCGGCACGCUGAGGGUUGCACGGUCAUUUGGCAGUCGGUGUUCUCUAGUCUCGAUCCUGAUUUGCUCACUAGUCCAAGCCAUGACGAUGGACGUGGACCAGAAGUUGACUCACGACCAAGAGGAGGAGAGAGAGUGGGAGAUGUACUCGGCGUUCAUGAGCACAGCCAUAACGACGGCACCCUCGACGACACCCAAGCGACCGCUAGAGCCCCCAAGCAAGCUUCAGAAGACAGACCCCAGGCAGGGAAAAGGCAAAGGAAAGGGCAAAAAGGGCGGAGGCAAGGGCAAAGGCAGUGCCAACAGCAGUCAAACAAAGGACGAGGAAGUCGCCCAGCUUUGGACCCUGUGCCACAUGAUGAUCCGCUUGAUGGUACGGCACGAGGACUCGAUCAAGACCCUCAUGCUGGACACAUCCUUCGUUAUCUGGAUGCGCACAGGCUUGCCGGGCGGAGUCCCGGAGGGCCUGUUUGCGGUGGCGACCAAGUGGAAGGCCGAUCGGGAGACCACUCCUCCCACAUCCCCGCUGCGGCUCACCCUGUGGAUGUGUGUGUGGCGCGAGUUUCUGCAGCGACUGCAACCGGCUCGCAUGACACAGGAGAUCCAAACCAACAUGAAGAAGCUCGGCUUUCUCACAGACGAGGGCAAAUGGAACUUCCUUCGGUGGGACCCGGAUCAGGCCAAGCUGAUCCCGGACACCACUCGCCCACCUUUGACGGCGGCGGCCGCGAUCGAGCUGGUGGAGAGUGUGAUCCGAUUGGCGACGGACUCCCAGCUGCUGACUCGGUUUGCCCCCACCAGGCCUCUGGCAUCGGAACUCAAGGGCCCAUCGAUCACCUUCCUGGCGUCGGUGUCCAAUCGCUCCACACCGAGCGAUCAAAUGCACGCCUCCCUCGCGGAGCUCUGCGGCAGCGCUUGCUGCCAGGUGAUCGGCAUGUCCAUCAAACCCGAACGAUUGACGAGGUCCCCUCUUGCUCAACAGAUCUACAAGUUCCUGCCUGCGCCGCCCCCGCCGCCCCAGCCUUAA